GAGACGUGAAGGCACAACGACUCCGGGGAGGAAGCAGAGUUAAUAAGGUGCAAUGGAGAGAUGUAAAUUCAUGCACUUUUUACUCUUAUUGAAGCCCACCAUUUAAAGCUAUCCAUUGACCUUGAAAUCGCUCUGGUUGGAAACCCUUCUCCCCGACACAUCUCGGUCUCCCCUUUAAAUAAAACAAAGGAGCAGAAAUAGGCGGUGCUCUCAUUGGUCACUGCUGCGUGAGGACGCUGAAUAUGGAGGCGUUAGGACCCCGAAUAUGGAGGCGUUAGGACCCCGCAGCAGGAGCGCCGCUCCUCGUUGCCCAGCUGAUGGUCCGCUGGCAGACCUGCGUAGAGAGGAGACGCGCGAGCUCAGCAUCAUCACCCGGCGAGAGACUGGGUGCAGGAAGCUGGAGGAGCCAAUCAGCGCUGCUACACACCAUGCGUGGCUCUGAAGAUUUCUGAAGGGAGCGCAUAGACACUUACGUGCCUGCAUUUCAGUGCAUGUGAAUCCCAGUGAGCGUUUGCCCCACUGGCUAACUGUCGACGCUCUGCACGGACGGCGGCGUCCCGGAAGCGUAUCGCCCAUCCUCCGCUUCCUCCCCAGAUUUUCUGUCUGCUUCCAUUCAAACAUAGCCCUAGAUCACCAUGGGAGGCGUGGCGGCGGACGUGGGUGCAGAGGGGGUGAAGGCUCCAGACGGCGGGUGGGGCUGGGCGGUGCUCACCGGCUGUUUUGUCAUCACAGGUUUCUCCUACGCUUUCCCUAAAGCGGUCAGUGUGUUUUUCAAAGAGCUGAUCAGGGAGUUUGGGGUGGGAUACAGCGACACGGCCUGGAUCUCCUCCAUACUGCUGGCCAUGCUCUACGGCACAGGUCCUCUGUGCAGCAUCCUGGUGAACCGCUUCGGCUGUCGUCCAGUGAUGAUGGUGGGCGGCCUCUUUGCCUCUCUGGGAAUGAUCCUGGCCUCCUUCUCCACCAGCAUCAUCCACAUCUACCUCUCUAUCGGGGUCGUCACAGGUUUGGGGUUAGCCCUGAAUUUCCAACCAUCUCUCAUCAUGCUCAACCGCUACUUCAGUGAGAAGCGUCCCCUGGCCAAUGGGCUAUCGGCGGCAGGAAGCCCCGUAGCCCUGUGCUGCCUCUCGCCACUGGGCCAGGUCCUCCAGUACCAGUACGGAUGGAGGGGGGGCUUCCUCAUCAUGGGUGGCAUUCUACUCAACUGCUGCGUGUGCGGGGCCCUAAUGAAACCUCUGGUCGCCCCCAAGGCAGUCAAGUCCAAGGACCUGGAACAAGACAAAGAAGAAGGUACAGGGAAGAAGGAGAAGCCCAAAGCCAACCUGCUGGACUUCUCUGUGUUCAAAGACUGCGGAUUUCUCAUCUACACUGUGGCAGCGUCCAUCAUGGUUCUGGGGCUGUUUGUGCCCCCGGUGUUCAUCGUGAGUUAUGCCAAGGAGCUGGGGAAUGAGGAUACCAAAUCGGCUCUGCUACUCACCAUUUUGGGCUUCAUUGACAUUUUUGCACGGCCCACGUGCGGCGUGAUUGCUGGACUGAAAUGGGUGCGUCCUCGUUGCGUCUAUCUCUUCAGCUUCGCUAUGCUCUUCAAUGGAAUCACUGACCUGGUCGGAUCACAGGCCAAGGACUACGAAUCGCUAGUAGUCUUCUGCAUCUUCUUCGGCAUCUCCUACGGCAUGGUGGGUGCUCUGCAGUUUGAGGUUCUCAUGGCAAUAGUUGGCACUGAGAAGUUCUCCAGUGCCAUCGGCCUGGUCCUGCUUAUGGAGGCCAUUGCUGUACUGGUGGGGCCGCCUGGUGCAGGACGCCUUCUUGAUGCCACCAAGAACUACAUGUGGGUCUUCCUGCUGGCAGGAAGCGAGGUGGUCCUCUCCGCCGUGGUUCUGGCCACUUGUAACUUCCUGUUCAUCAGCAACAAGUCCUCAGCAUCGGCGGACAAGCUUGACAGCAUCACAGUGAUGGAAGAUGCCAAGACAGAGGUUUGCAGCAAGCCUGCAGAGAGGAAUGAGGACAAAGAGAAGGGAGCAAGAGAGGGGCAAGAGAAGGAGACAAAGGAGGAGGUGAUUAAGGAGGAGGAGGAUGAGACAGACAAAGAGAGAGUACAGGAGGUCAGGCCAGAGAGUGUAGACUCACAGGAAGUGGAAAGGUUGUUGAAAGAGCCACAACAAAAUGGCGACAUGGCUUCUAGUACUGAAACAUGCCUGUGAUCAGGGAUGAAGGAGGCAGGAUGAGAUUAAAGUCUAUGUUAAUGCAUUUUAUUAAAUAACCUACCAGCAGAAUCAAGGGAACUUUGAAGUGUUCUCAUGACACUGUUGGAUAGUUGAACAUUCCUUGAAAUCAGUGAAAUAGUAAAGGUUACGUCAGCAAUAUUUCAUCACUAGAUGUUUCAUAGAAUAACUCAGUUUUAGCACUGCCUUGUUUAUAGCAAUAGUCUCAUUUUGAUGUUGCCACUAACAAACGUCAAGGGGUGAUUUUGAUGAUAUUCUAUAUUUGUGUCAGCAAAUCCCAUGAAAAUACCAUAACUCUAGGUUUUAGCUGUAUGUGGUGAAAUAUAUACAUAUUUUUGGCAUUGUACCUGUGAAUCACAGAAAAACGUCAAUCAAUGUAUCCUACACAAGGUGUUAAAUAGACCUAUAUAUGGUUCUUUGUCUCGUCCCCAUUGGAGAAUCCUUUUUGUUUUUUGGUAGAACCAUUUAUAAAUGUUCAAUCUUAAUCUCUUUCAGAGGGUUCUACCUCAAUUUAAAGGUUCUACCUAGAACCACCCGUGAACUGUGAAAGACUCUACAUAGUAUUUGUAGGAUCUUGGUGGAUCUUUUAACAGACUUACUUUCAACAAUCCUUGGAGAACUCAUCCUUCCAAAAGGGGUUCUUAGGAUGAAAAGGGUUCUUAAUGAAACCCUUAGUCUCACAAAGAACUCUUGAACUCUUCUUCAAAAAGGGUUCUCCAGAAUGGGUAGAAAAACUCUUUUGGAAAAUGUUUUUUUUGAUGUGACGUCAAGUGAACUUAAGCUCUUUCAUGCACAUGGCCUAACAUGCAGUUGUUUUGGUGUUUUCAUCGGAUAAAAAAACGAAUCACGCCAUUCUAACCCUUUAAAAAUUAAAGACUUCUUUUUUGCUGA